AUGCCGUGCGCUUGGCUGAGGCGCACCCGUCGCAGCAUCCUGGAGCAGUGUGCGGAUGAGGAGCUUGAGGAGGAACCGAAACAGCUCUCGAUGGACCAGCCGUUCCCAUUUGACUCUAUGGGCCCGGGCGAUCGGAAAGACCUUUCUUCCGAUGAUGAGUUUGGCGAAGAUGCAGGGGACGAUGAGCAGGGGAAUGUUAUCAAGGCGAUCAAAUUUCCAGAGAUCGAGGGUCACAAGCUUGGUGGCAAGCUUGAGGAGCACAUGGCGGAGUGUUUAGGCGAGGGCGCUGGAAGCUCAGCAACAGCCACCAAUGUGAAGCGCACGCUACACUUGGGUGAGAGGGAAGCACCCAAUGCUGAGCGGGAUUGUCAUCGGAAGUUUGCCCGACUAGGAUUUUCUUUACCGAUUGCAAUUCAAUCAGUUACCCACCAAUGUGGAAAAGAUGUCUUGACUACAAACUGGGUGAAGGUAUCCGAUUGGUUGAAAUAUCUUCUUCGCAAGGCUCCAUCUGUGCUAGCUGGGUCCCACUUUAGCGUCCGACAGCAGUGCGUCUCGUUCUGGCAAUUGUACAGGCAAGUGCACGCAGGGCAUGUAGUGUUUGAGAGCGGAAAGGAUCUCAUUUUCUGCCUGCCUCUCAUUUUGUACGGAGAUGAGGGAAGGGGACCAAAGAGAGCAAACUUUAUGGACUUCACUUUUGAGACGCCGUUUGGUCUUUUUCGACAUCAAGAUCCGCACUGCGUUUGCCGUGAGGAUGUAUCCUGUUGGCCUGCAGAGUUUGUUUGUUGUAGCAGUGGUCCUGUUCGUGAUUCUGUCGGUGUGGCUGAGCAAUGUGCUACCAACCAGAAAGGGCACAGUUACCUUACCAAGCAUUUGGUGUUUGGGUUGCCGAGUUUCCUUUACAAAGCUCACCCUCAGAUUCUGCAAGAACAUCUUCGCUUGGUCUCUGCAGACAUGCGCGCGCUGUACGAGCAUGGGAUUGAAAUCGGGGACUCCAAAGAGAAAUGGUGGGGUAUCUUGAUUAGAGUUAAAGGUGAUAUGAAGUUUCAUGCCGAAGUGGCCGGUGGCUUCAAUCGGAGCUACGCAACUCUGUCCCAAAAGGGCGAUGGUAAGAUGUGCAGCCUGUGCUUGGCAGGGGACCCCCGCUAUGAAUUUGAAGAAGUGGACCAUGUGCCUUCUUGGGCACCUAGCAUGUUUGAGGCCAGGCCAUGGCCAGAGAAUGAUGGGCCAGCACUAUCUAUGAUCAACUAUGACCCAGAACGUCCAGAAUGGGCUUUCAAACUGGAUGCCUUUCAUGUGUUUAAAGUUGGUUUGACAAGGCACAUCGUUGGCAGUUUGGUGAUGAUUUUGUGCCGCUUGGGCUUCUUUGACAGUGCAGACCCUGCAGAAUCCCGAGACAUCAAUGAGCGCUUGAACCGUGCGCACGGUGGGUUCAAGCUUUGGUGUGCGGGGGCUCGAAAGAGCCCAGGGCUCAGAUCGUUCACACGAUCUUUUUUCAAUUGUAAGACCUUCAGGAGUUCAGCAUGGGCAAAUUCCAAGGGAAGUGACAGUACUUUGCUAGUCUCAUGGUUGUUGUUCUACAUCCCUUUGAUUGCGGCUACGCACGAGAAAGCUUGUAACCACCUCCGGUUUUUCAACGUUGCCAAAACUGUUUUGGAGAACCUCCAGGCCAUGCACAAGAUUUGUGAUUCGCAUGGUUUGUGGAUGCCACGAGUUUGCGGACAAAAUCUGUAUGCACGCUUGAUGCUGGUGUGCAAGGGGUACAACCUCCUUGCAAAGCACGGGAUUUUGCUGGGCAUGGUAUCGUUCUCAAUGAUCCCAAAGUACCAUGCAGCUAAGCAUUUGGCCUUUGAGCUGCGGACGCAGUUGCUGAGUGGGGCGGCCAGGGUUAUGAAUCCAGGUGUGUACAACACAGAAAGCAAUGAGGACCACGUUGGUAAAGUAAGUUCCCUGGGCCGUCGUGUGUCCACGCGAACUAUUUCAAAAAGAGUUAUCCAGCGCUACUAUCUCAAAACCAGAGCCCUCAUUUCAAGGCACGUGAAAACCCAUGGUGCCGGCUCCAGAUAG